GCACAAAAGAAAAAAAAAUUCCCAAUAGAUUUUUUUAUUCCCUCCAGUUUUUCGUCUUCUCCUUUCAUAAGUUCCUACAACAGUCAUGGGCAAGAUCAUUAAGAAAGGAGUCAAGGGUGCUGCCUCCAACUAUAUCACUCGUCAGCAGGCUUUGAACAAGCUUCAGGUCUCGCUUGCCGAUUUUAGACGUUUAUGUAUUCUGAAAGGAAUCUAUCCUCGUGAACCCAAAAAUAAGAAGAAGGCCAACAAGGGAUCCACUGCCCCAGUCACCUUUUACUAUGCCAAGGAUAUCCAGUACUUGAUGCACGAACCUCUCAUUGCCAAAUUCCGUGAAUACAAAACAUUUGCGAGAAGAUUGAACAAAGUCUUGCACAAGGGUGAAUACAGCAUUGCCCGAACCUUGGAAAAGAAUAAGCCUUUGUUCACCUUGGAUCACAUUGUCAAAGAGAGAUACCCUUCGUUUAUCGAUGCUCUUCGUGAUCUCGAUGACGCAUUGUCUAUGCUUUUCCUUUUCUCGAAAAUGCCCGCCGAUAACAAAAUCAAGGCUCAAGCUGUGAAGGACUGUCAACAACUGAUUGCCGAAUUCCAGAUGUACGUCAUGAAAUCAAAGAGCUUGCGCAAGGUCUUCUUCUCGAUCAAGGGUAUCUACUAUCAAGCCGAAAUCAAGGGACAAACCAUCACUUGGAUCGUUCCCUAUCAAUUUGCGCAAACGGUUCCUACCGAUGUGGAUUUCCGUGUGAUGCUGACCUUUUUGGACUUUUAUCGUACACUUGUCGGUUUCGUGAAUUUCCGCUUGUUCAACGAACUUAACAUGACCUAUCCUCCCAAGAUUGAAGAUGGUGCAACAUUCAACUUGGAUGAAGCCAUUUCUGCAUCGACUGCUACUAAUACUGCUGUGGAUGCCGAUGAAGCCGAUACUGGACUCGACGAAUUCAAACCCGUGAAUGACGACGAAGAGGAGGAUGAGAACACAGUGACUUUGCGCAAGAUCCAGGAAGCCAGUAACGAGACCAAUGUAUUGCAGACUUUGUUCAGCAAUUGCAAAUUCUUCUUAUCGCGUGAAACCCCACGAUAUGCCUUGGAAUUCAUGAUCCGUUCCUGUGGCGGUCAAGUCAGCUGGGAUCCUACGGUCGGUGCCAAUCCUCCUUACCCCGAAACUGACGAAACCAUUACCCAUCAAAUCUGUGAUCGACCUGCAGUGAGCAACCGUGUUUUGUCCCGAGCGUAUAUUCAACCACAGUGGAUUGCCGACUGUAUCAAUGCUCGCCGAAUUCUUCGCGAAAAGUUAUACGAGCCUGGUAAAAUCCUUCCUCCUCAUUUGAGUCCCUUCGUGGAAGCUAAGGAAGGCGAAUACGUGCCCGGUGCGGUGGAGGAAGAAAGUGAGGAAGAAGCUGAACAAGUAUCAGAGGACAAGGAAAAUGAAAACGAGGAAGCGGAACCAGAGGCGACCGCUGAAACCGUUGCCAAAGCAGAAGGAACAGAAGAGGAUGAAUAUGAAGCACAACUCAAGGCGGAAGCCGAAGGUGUGACAUUCUCAGAAUACAGCGAAGCUGAUGCCGCCAAGGCAGCCAACAAACCUGCGUCAAAGAAGAAGCGAACAGCUGCCGAUAUCGAAGAAGAGGAAAGAAAGGAAAUGGCUCACGUAAUGAUGACCAACAAGCAGAGAAAGCUGUACAAGAAGAUGCAGUACGGCAAACAGAAGAAGGAAGAAGAGGUCGCCAAACUGGAGCGCAAGAAGAAAGCAUUGAAAUCCAAGAAAUAGACAUAGAACAAAAACCUCCAAAAAAAGAAAAAACUCAACAUUUUUAUCGAUUUCCCUUAGCAUUUUUACAACCACUUAUUUUCAAUAACAGAUACAAUGAAGCAUCCAUUGAUCGUAUCCUUUCCUAAAUUUCUUGAUUCACGAUUGGAUCUUUUUUUACUAUUAUUAU